AUGCUGAAAACCGAAGCACGGGUGUUCGUACAACGGUUCGACGAUUUCAAAUGGCAGAUACUAAUUGCUAUAGGUUUAUUGUCCAGACGCACAGUUGUAAAGAUAAAUAUCGUGAAAAGUCAGCUGCAAGGUUCGGGCUAUGGAGAGGCUGAACCAGAAUUUCUGUCCCCCCUUGAGAACAUAACUGUAGCGCAAGGCAGGGAUGUGCAUUUCACUUGCACAGUAAAUCAUCUCGGUAGCUACAAGGUGGCUUGGAUAAAAUCGGAUACAAAGACAAUAUUAGCAAUCCAUACUCACAUGGUAACACUCAAUCCACGGCUGUCAGUUACACAUAAUGGACAUAAUACUUGGAAGUUGUACAUCAGUAAUGUAGAGCCGAAGGACUCUGGUACUUACAUGUGCCAAAUAAAUACUGAUCCUAUGAAGAGCCAGAUGGGUCAUCUAUCGGUCGUGAUCCCGCCGGACAUAGCAGACGAUGACGGUUCAGAGGCUGGUGCAACAGAAGGAGGUUCCGUGGAACUGAGAUGUACAGCGACCGGUGUUCCGGAACCAACAAUGUCGUGGAAAAGAUCCGGUGGAAGGAACAUAAUAUUUCGAGAUGACAGUGGAAAAGAAAUUAAGGUUGUAGAAAGCUACGUAGGUUCUACGUUAUCAUUGCGGGGCCUUAAGCGGACAGAUAUGGGUACAUAUCUCUGCAUAGCUGCAAACGGAAUUCCACCCACGAAGAGUCGAAGAUAUGAAGUUUCUGUGUUUUUCGAGCCGAUCGUGCGUGUUGCCAGCUUGGUUGUGUGGCGUGCCGCAGACAUGCAAGUCACACUCCAAUGCUACGUGGAAGCCUCCCCAAAAGCUCUGACAAUGUGGCAACGUGGGAAAUCACAAACAGGUGCAAAGCUGUUGAACAGUUCCAAGUACAUAAUAUCGGAAGAUUUCCUGAACGAGUAUGCUAUGAAAAUGAACCUGACGAUAAACCGCCUCAAAAGGAACGACUUCGGGGAAUAUACCUGCUCCGCAGCUAAUGCUUAUGGGAAGGCGAAUGUUACUAUAAUGUUAAAAGAAACGCCGCAGAAGACGACGACCACGACCACAACGACAACCACGACCACUACAACGGAGAUGAUCACAACCACGGUCGUUGCUACCACGCGCUCGCCGAAACGACACUACAAGAAACAACCGGACAGAAACAAGAACGCACUUGAUAUUGAACUGAUGCACGGGAAUUCUAUAAGCGUUUACAAUUAUAACACCCACGGAAAUAAUUCUCAUAAUGAAUACGCUCAGAGAACCGAACGACAAAAAGUACGACCUUCGGGGCCACCACGACAUUACAUCGUAUAUAACAAAGCAUCCCGAUAUGAAACAUCUAUCUUUGUACUGAUAAUAUUAGCGUUCUUGUAA